GAUAGCGAGAUCUAGAUGAUGGCAUAGCACCACCCAGAAGUCGACACGCCCCAAUGGAGAUCGAGUCUGCGGAAAGCAAAAAGUCACGAAUGGAUCAUAUUGCCGCUCUCCCUUCUCGCGUCAUCCACGUUCGAAACAUGCCUUCCGAUGUCAAUGAAAACGAAAUUGCUCUCCUUGCAAUUCCCUUUGGGCUCAUCAAGAACAUGGUCCUUUCAAAAAAGAACAAUCAGGCUCUAAUUGAAAUGGAAGUCUUGGAAGACGCGAUGCAGCUCGUAACAUAUUAUUGUAAAUAUCCGGUUAUGCUGCAUGGAAAAAACAUCAUCCUGCAGUUCUCCACACAUACACACCUGGAGUUGACGACAGAAAAUAAUGCGAUUGAAAAUGCAGUUAAGAAUGCGAACCGGAUUGUGCAGCAAGAUCUGAGCGGUGUGCAAGCCGGCGCACCUAACAGUGUAUUGCGUAUAGUGAUUGAUAACAUAAUGGGACAGCAAAUCAACCACGUAAUACUCUACAAGAUCUUUCAUCGAUUCGGAAAGAUAUUGCGUGUCCUCAUUUUUCUGCGUUCCAAUCAAUAUCAAUGCAUGCUGGAGUUCCAGAAUCAUAUACAGGCUUUCGUCGCAAUGUUGCAUUUGAAUGGACAGAACAUUUACACUGGAUGUUGUUCCCUUCGGGUUGAAUUUUCCCGAACUCGUGGUCCUUUGGAGGUUCGUCGGGAGAACGACAAAUGCCGAGAUUACACAAUAUCUCCUCUUUUGGAGGACGAACUCAACAGUCCGCCACCUGCAAACGUUCCUGUCAAUCAGCUAUCAGCUACUGCUAACUUUCAGCCGAAUAUUGUAGGCCAAAAUCUCGCCGUUGUCAAUCCAAUGACCAACAUACCGGGAAUGGGGACUGCAGGGGCCGUCCCGGGCAUCACGGAACUAGCUGCACAGUUGACCAUGCUGGCACAGCAAUCUGGUCUUGCACUGAGUCCGGCAGCUGCAGCAGCAACUGCCAGCUUCAUGGCUUUGACUUCUCAAGGUGGGACAAGCGCUUCGUGCAUGCCCAAUGCUCACCCAGGUGCUGCCACAAUGUUGGCAGGAACACCCUUAGGUGCUUCUCCGGGGAUUCCCGCAAUGCCAACCCCACAAAUGCUGCCAACGGCGCUGCCACAAGCUUUCACCGGUGGUAAUCAAGUAUCAACGCCAAGCAGUACUGUGCUAAUCGUCUCAAAUCUCAACGAAGAUAAGGUCUACCCGGAUGCCUUGUUCACGCUUUUUGGCGUUUAUGGUGAUGUCAAUCGCGUGAAGAUUAUGUUCAACAAAAAAGACACUGCUUUGGUGCAGUUCACUGAUCCACAACAGGCCGUAACAGCCCUGUAUUAUUUAAAUGGGCAGCCACUGUGGGGCAAACCGCUCAAGAUAGCUGUUUCCAGGUUCAAUGUCGUUCAAAUGCCUAAGGAAGAUACAGAUGUUGGUCUGACCAAAGACUACGCCAACAGUCCGUUGCACCGGUUCCGGAAACCUCACUCCAAAAACUUCCAAAAUAUCUACGCUCCAAGUAAUGUGCUGCACCUGAGCAACAUCCCACCAAACAUAACAGAAGAGGAGAUCCGUGUCUUGUUUGAGUCCAAGGGAUACGAAGUUUCCGGAUUCAAAUUCAUGAUGAAAGACAAACGGAUGGCUCUUGUUCAGUUGAGUAGCGUUGACCUCGCUAUUCAAGCAUUAAUCGCCCAGAGCUGUGCACGCUUUGCUGGAUUGGAUCCCAGUAAACAGUCGUUUUUCGCCGUCCUGUUAUCCAGUUCAAUCAAACUCAAUGCCCCUCGGCAUAAAAAGCGAUGCCCGUUUGUAGUGUCGACAGAUACCCCUGCAGACUGCAGUUACGAUGCCGAGAAGAAUAAGUUCUAUCGAGAGCUAUCUGGGCUCAUUCGUUAA